AUGAGAGCGAUUUUGCGAAGCGCGACUCUCUCCGCGGCGAGGAGUCGUGUUGCGCCCAGCCAUGGCUUCGCAACGUCUUGCCCGGCCGCAUUCAAGCAAUCGCUUCCGAAUCUAAGAUCUGCCCGGCAACACAAUAAAUACCAGGCCAACAGGAGCAAGAACUACGAAACUUUCAGGAACAUGAUUCUCUCCCAGUUCAACGUUGUCUUGAGGAACAUGGGCCCCUACUCGGAUACGAACCCCGAGUACCGCGACUUUGGCAUCAAAAGCGAGAAUGGGCUCAACAACGAAGUUCAGCUGUUCCGCGAGACGAUACAGAAGUCAAUACACAUGGCGAACAAGGGCUCGACGUUGCGAAAGGAGAACCCUCUGUUCUGGACGCUGCGGAAUGCAUUCGUCAGGUCAGACGUCAAGGGGCUCACAUCAGAGCUGAAGUACUCGUUUCAGAGCUUCAUGAUGCGUCAAAAGUUGACCAAGGUGACACCGAGACAGAAGAAGCUGGCCGACAUGCGCUUCCCCAUGGAGUGGUUCCCCGCCACGCGUGCGAUGCAGCGCACCAUCCACCUCCACGUUGGACCGACAAACUCCGGUAAGACGUACCGGGCAUUGAAGGCGCUGGAGAACGCAAAGUCGGGAAUCUACGGCGGGCCUUUGCGUCUGUUGGCCCACGAGAUCUACAUGCGAUUCCAGAACAAGGGGAAGCCAUGCGCCAUGGUUACGGGAGAGGAACAGCGCAUUCCGGAGGACGAGGACAACUACUUCAUCAGCUGCACCGUCGAGAUGACGCCGCUGAACCGGAUGGUCGACGUGGCGGUCAUUGACGAAAUCCAGAUGAUUGGCGACAUGGAUCGAGGCUGGGCGUGGACGCAAGCUUUGCUCGGCGUCAUGGCCAAGGAGGUCCAUCUCUGCGGUGAAGAGCGUGUUGUCGACCUGAUCAAGUCGAUCUGCGCCAGCAUCGGCGACGAAUGUAUCGUCCACAGGUACCAGAGGUUGAGUCCACUCGAGACAAUGAAGCAGAGUCUCGACAACGACCUGUCCAAGCUGCAAAAGGGAGAUGCUGUCGUAGCAUUCACCCGAGUCAACCUGCACGGUCUGAAGAAUGCCAUUGAAGAGAAGACCGGGCGACGCUGUGCUAUUGUCUACGGUUCCCUGCCCCCUGAGACUCGAGCACAGCAAGCCGCCCUGUUCAAUGACCCGGACAACGACUACGACUUCCUCGUGGCCAGUGACGCUAUCGGCAUGGGUCUCAACCUCGAGAUCAAGCGAGUCAUCUUUGAGACCGCAACCAAGCACGACGGAACACAGUUCCGUGUGUUGAACACGUCUGAAAUCAAGCAGAUUGGCGGCAGAGCAGGCCGAUACAAGACUGCCAGACAAGCCACCACCAGCGACGCCAGCACAGAUACGACCGCAGUCGCUCCAGUAGAAGAGAAGAAGAUGGGCUACGUGACAACACUAGACCCUGACGACUUGCAGACGAUCCGGAAAGCCUUCCAAAACGAGGCCGAACCCCUGGAGACGGCGGUCAUCCACCCGCCAGCUUUCGUCAUCGAAAGGUUCUCCGAGUACUUCCCGCCCGACACGCCCCUCAGCUUUAUCCUCCUCCGCCUGCGCGAGCUGGCCCCCGUCUCGGAGCGCUACUCCGUCCACGUCAACGAGCGGUCCAUCGAGAUCGCCGACACCAUCCAGGAGUUCCCCAUGACGGUCCAGGAGCGCAUCACGAUCCUCAACGCGCCCGUCAACAAGGACAAGGGCCAGAAGGAGAUUGUGCGCGCCAUCGCCAAGCGCAUCGCCACGCGCCGCAACGGCGCGCUCUACGACAUCAAGGAGAUCCCGCUUGAGCUGCUUGACGCCUCGAUCGACGACAUUGGCCAGCAGGACGGCAGGAAGUACCUGCGCGCUAUCGAGACGCUGCACCAGGCCAUCACGUUGUACCUGUGGGUCAGCUACCGCUUCCCGAGCAUCUUCGUCAGCCAGACGCUGGCGUUCCACAUGAAGGACUUUGUCGAAGAGAAGAUUGCGCACUACCUCGCGACCAACACCGUCUUCCAGACCGACAUGAACCAGCAGCUGCGCGACAACCAGCGCAGGAGGGCGCUGAAGAACCAGUCGGAGAAGGACAGGCUGCGCAUGGAGCGCGACGAGCUGGAGGCCAUCGAGAAGGGCAAGGCCAAGACGCCCGCUGUAGAAGUUGACUCGUGGGUCGAGCCCACGCCGGAGGAGGAGCCCCUCGUCGGCGACGAGAAGGAGUACGAGCAGCUCGACGAGCAGGUGACGAGCGACGAGAACUGGGACAAGGUGGACGAGAAGCUGCACGACGCAGAAAGUCACGACCGGAGAGAAUCACCGUCAGCCGGUUGA